CUUGCAAGUGAAAACCCUACUGGCGAGAAGCUGAGAAAACCUAGCUCCACUGCUACCAGACAGCGUCGGAGCCCUUCUCUGUGUUGGGGCAACAAUGGAGACUGCCAGAACCGUGAAAGAUGUGUCGCCUCAUGAGUUUGUUAAAGCGUAUUCUGCACAUCUCAAACGAUCGGGCAAGAUGGAGCUUCCCCACUGGACUGAUAUUGUGAAGACCGCUACUUUCAAGGAGCUUGCUCCUUAUGACCCUGACUGGUACUAUGUAAGAGCUGCAUCCAUGGCAAGGAAGAUUUACUUGAGGCAGGGCAUUGGUGUAGGUGGCUUCCGGAAGAUCUAUGGUGGCCGUAAGAGGAAUGGUAGCCGUCCACCCCAUUUCUGCAAGAGCAGUGGUUCGAUUCCUCGCCAUAUCCUUCAGCAAUUGGAAAAUAUGAAUAUCAUCGAGAUUGACCCAAAGGGUGGGAGGAGAAUCACAUCCAGUGGCCAACGUGACCUUGACCAAGUUGCUGGGAGGAUAAUUGUUGUUGCUCCCUGAGUGCAAUUUGAAGUUUUUGUCUUUCGAGGUUCUCAUUUAGCUGUUUCAAGGGAUGUGGCUGUGGGAGAUAUUUUUAAGACAAUUUUAAUCCGUACCAUUUUAUUUGAGUUCUUGAAAGGUAAUACUUAGUUCUAGUUUGAAUUUAAUAUUAUUGUUUCUGGUCAGUGGAACCUCAUUACCUCUUUUUAUUAUUGAUCAAAGAAUUAAUGUAAGAACGCAACCGAGUUUUUGUGCUGUUUA